AUGCCUUGGUUUGAAACCCUAUCCGACAUCGUUACUGCUCUGUCGCCGCGCCGACAGCCCCAAGACAAACGGUCUGCAGUCCAGCGUGCACCAACCACGACCCCUCCCCCUCGCUCUCGACGGGGUCAACCUUAUCCCAACCCCUUCACCUUCGGCUCCGGUGACGACAACUCUCCUGGCGAAGUGGCCGCCGGUGGACACUUUGAUUCCUCUACCCAUCCAGAAUCGCCUCAUAGUUAUGUCGAUACGUCCCCCUCUCAAUCCCGAUCCCCAAAUUCACGCGAGGACCUUCGCGAACGGACCUCGCAGCCUUUUUUAGAGCUCGACCCCUGGUCGGGCCUUUCGCCGCAGAUGGUGAACAAGGAUCGGCGGGCCGAUUCCCAAGAUCGCAAAGAUGAGGCCCGCUUAUUUGGAGGGAGAUGGAAUGGAGACCCCCAGAACGGAGUCAGGAUCACGCCUGGGCACACAAUACAGAAGAAACCAAAGCCGGGGGUUGGCUUAGGGUUCUCCCCAAUGGACAAUAUCUCGGGCUCGCACAUCGGACGAACGAGUGGACCUGUACGCGCUCAAGGCAAAUCAGCUCCGAGGAAAGUAAACAAGCAGACUUCGGCCGCGAAGCAAUUGUCUCAUCUGGAUGAUGCGUUCGAGGAAUCAAAUCGGCCAAAUAAGAGGCGACGACAAAGUGAUCCGGCUGACAAUGUCAAUGAUAAUAUGAGCGCAACCCACUCGAUCAGAAAUUGCUCACCUCGGACUUCGCCACUCGUUCCUUCCAAAUCCAAGGACAAGUAUCGUCUAACAGGCAUUGGCGAGUUCCAAGAUCUGGAGAAUAUGUUGUCGCCUUCUUCUCAUCGCACUCGAGAUGCUCGCGGCUCUUCUGGGGUAUCUCAACUUGAGAAAUUUACGGAAACCGCAGCUCAACAGCGUCGCAGCCGGUUUGAGGCGCUCGAUUCCCUUACGAAAGACAAAAGCCACACAAAUAGGACUGCCAAACCACGUCUGUCAGACGAAACUGAGGGCUCGAUGAAGCCCAGAAAUCAAUCUACGGUUUUUUUGGAGACUGAUCGUCGGUCUGAUCCCGAUAGUCCUGACGAGCUCCAGGGUGAUGUUACUACUGGUCCACUAGCAAAGUACUCGGCGGACAAGAUCCGUUGCAUGGAUACACGCAAUCAAAAAGCCCAGGCUGAAAUUCUUGGCCGAAAGCGCUCACCAACCGACAUUCGAACAACUGACUUUGCGGGAUCACCACCGGAAGGACCGAAGCGGACAAAACGCUCCCACAAGAACACUGGUGAUUCUAUUCCAUUGAAGACAAGUUUCUUCCGCAUGGGUCAAUUUAGCAAAACUUUCACAAGAGAGAAAAAUGCUAUCUUAUACCUGGCACCGGAUAGACUUGACAUCCCGGGAGAUCUACUCGACGGCGGCAACAGCAUUGAUAUUCCUUUCAGACAUGUCAGCCAGGUCCUCGUGGCCGGGGACCUGGGCUGGAAAAUCAGAAUGAAACUUUUACAGGGUUCUACUGGGGUUGGCCAAAUACUCGACAUUGAAUUUCCGACUCAAUACCAGAAAACUGCUUUGGUUAGGGUUUUGCAAAAUGCUCAUGUCAACGUUCUUGAAAAAGACAUCAAAUGGAUGAACAAGGCGUUUGCAAGACACGAAAAGGAUAUGGCACAAUCUAAAACUCUGCCCAGGAGUACGGGUAUCGAUGAUCCCAACGAAAGUCUCAGCCCUGUGCGCAAGGUGACUUCCACUCCGCGACGAAAGAUCUCGGACUAUUUGCAGGAUGCAAAUGGCGAGUUUGGGGAUGAGUCAUUGCUUGAAGAGAAGCGCAUAACGAAAGCAUCUUUGGCCUGCACAGAUGGUAAUUUCGAGACCAAACAAUCGCCGAAAGACAAACAAGAUCACACUGAUGCCGAUGCCGAUGCCGAUGCCGGAGUCGAGAUUCCCGUGAAACCCUUCAGGGCUUUCAAGGAAACACCUGAACGCGAAACCCGAUCUUCAAGGCGGCGUGCGAAAAAGAAAAGCCCAGUUGGAAGUGGAAGUGAAGAUUCCGACAGGGAAGCUGCGUACCUACAAAAUGAUACUGGUCGUGACAAGUGGAAGAAGUCGUUGAUUUAUCCCCGGAUUGGAAAGAAAAAAGCUGAGGUCAAUCUUGAUGACCGUGACCGGCUCCGUCCCGACGAGUUCCUAAACGACAACCUUAUUGCGUUUUACAUGCGGUUCAUUCAAGAUCAUCUUGAGCGUAUGAACAAGAAAGCGGCCGAGCGGGUCUACUUCUUUAAUUCUUACUUUUUUGCAACACUCACAAACACUGCUCGUGGCGAGCGUGGAGUCAACUAUGCUGGCGUGGAGAAGUGGACUCGCGCUGUUGAUCUUUUCAGCUACGACUAUGUUGUUGUUCCAAUCAAUGAGAAUGCUCAUUGGUAUGUUGCUAUCAUCUGCAACUUGCCAAGCCUGGAUCUUGGGCCCGCGGAGCCUGCAGAAGUGGCCCAGACAACGACACGCAGCACUGAAUCCUCAGAGCACGAUAAGGAGGCGGAAGAAAUACGCGAAACUCCCGAACCGGAACGUGCAUCCGUGCCGGAGUCUGAGGCUACCUCUGACACAUCACCCAAACCGGCAUCCAAGGGGAGUUCGAAGGAGACUGAAACUCGGAAGUCAUUUUCCCACCUUUCGCUUGGUAAUAAACCAGAUGGCCAGCAAGAUGCCUCCGACUGGUGUCCGGACUCAGACGAAACCCCUACUGCCCCAGUGACCAAGGUUUUGGCUCCCUCACCUCAGAAGCUCACAGGUGACCAUGACCAGAGCAAGGCAUCAAAGCCAGCAGUUAAGCCCGAGAAGAAGACACGGAAAGGACCCAGGCUAAGCCCCGAGCAAACCUCCAUCAUUACAUUUGAUUCUCUCGGCAUCAGCCGCGCCACCACUGUCAGAAUGCUCAAGGAUUACAUUUGUCGCGAAGCAACAGCUAAGCGUGCCGUGGACAUUGACCAAAAGGCAAUCAAGGGCAUGUGUGCUCGUCAAAUACCUCUCCAACCAAACUUUUCUGACUGCGGCCUUUAUCUGCUCGCCUAUCUGGAGAAAUUCGUCCAGAACCCUGAUGUCUUUGUCACGAAAACACUCGGACGUAAUAUGGAUCCCGAUCUUGACUUUCCUCCUUUGGGCUCGGGUCUACUCCGUCGACGACUUCGCGAUUUCCUGGAUGAGCUUUACGACGAACAAAGAAAAGCCAACAAACAAAAGGCUGAACCUGAACAGGUCAUGGCGGAUCGACAACCAAUCUCUUUCCUUUUAGGCCCACCAGAACCCGUCCAAGACAAGGCUGAAGUGGAGGAGGAGAUACCAGAAUCACAGCCUCAACAACAACCCAAGAAGCCAAAGGAAUCAAAUCAACACAAGGACUUGGUAACAGUGGAAAUCACACCACGCAAAUCCCAAAGAAUCGAAGAUCAGGAGAGCGAGGACUCAAUUCUGGACCAGGUACAGAUGGUCCCUCUCACACGACCAACCCCCACAACACCUACAUCCAAACACCUCAAACCCCCAAGGGAGCAAAGUGCCCCCUCUUCGCCUGCCAAGGAAGAGCCGAUCAUUCAAGUUCCUGAUAGCCAAGAAGAACAUCCAGUUCCAGGUACACCUCCACGAAAGAUAGAGGAGCGGGUGCGACGGAGUCCACGGGGCCCUUUGCGUAAAGAAUAG